AUGACUUAUGACAAUCGUGAUAUGAUACCAACGACGGCGAAACCAGUGCGAUAUUCUUAUUUAGAGAUAAAAGAAGCACAGCGCGUGUGUGGGGAAAAGAUGAUGGUGGCAGCAUUACUCUUUGCAGCGGCAUUACGGAAAGAUAACCCUGAAAAUCAAGAGGAGGUGGCACCAGUGGAUGAGGAAUUAGCAAUGAAACUCAAGCAAAUGGAGACGAGAUUGAAGGAAAAACAAAAAGCUGUCAAAAAGCUUCAGGAACAAGUACCGAGGAUGGCGGCAGCAAAUGCACGCGACGAAUUAAUGAAGGCUCGUAAACGCCAUGCAAAUGUGCUUGUAACAGAGCUGAAACUGACGGAGGGUGUCGGAUUGGAGUUGACUGAAGAACAGAUUGAGGCAUUGAAGGCAGCUUAUAUCAAGACGGCGUCUUCGAUUGCAAUUACAAGUGCCAAGAUGUCCCAAGUUAGGAGCCAGACAAUCGAAACCAUUAGUAUUGUGGAACAGGCGAUGAAGCGGCCAAAGAUGGAAGUCGAUCUUGCCAUGGAAAACAGUCCAGUCAAGCCAAAAGCGCUUUUGAACGUGCAGGAAAAGAGCAGUCUACAGCAGCCGUCUCCUCUUCGUACGCGUCUCGCACUACAACUGAGCGCAUCCAAGAACGUGUAG